CCUCUCUCUUUCUCUGUCUCCGCCUAUUCCACCCCCUCUUAUCAUCAUAUCACAUUUUCAACCCCGAUUUUCAUUUCACGUCUUGUUCUUCUAUCGACGAGUUUAAGAAUGUAAUUGGUGUUAGAUGUGAUUGAUCUACGUUCUCGAUCUGGAUCUCGGGUUUGGAUGAAAACCCAUAAAUUCUAGAAGGAAAAGAGUGAAGAUGGGUUUGCAACUAAGGGAGAAUCCUUCAAAGUCAUAACCCACAAACGGGGCUGCACUUUUUGAGGAGGGGUUGUGCGUGGGCUAGCUAGCUGUGCUGUGGGUUGUGGACGGCAUAAAGGCCAUGGAAUUAAUGAGAGAUUAGCAUGACAAUGCAGCCCUUUUAACGCGUCGUCAGUUAAUGGGUUUGGACUACUGGGGUUAGGUUUCGAUUUCCCCGCAGCCGACCGACCACUCAUGAUUCGUCGCAAGCGCCUGCCUUUUUCUCCAUCUGGUCUCGCUCCAUUAAAAUAUAGUUGGGACUAAGUGUGUUCUUCACUGUAAUGUCGAUCCGUUUUGGCUGUUCUAACGUUGGCGUUUGCAAAGGCUGGCAACGUGGGAUCAUAUGGGAAAUGUUUGAUUAAUUAGAAUAUACUUAAUUAUGUGCUAAUCUUAUGCUAAAAAAUUGACGAAAAAACUGAAGGAUGUAUUCACUCGCAAGAGGCGAGCAUGUGCAAACGAGGAUAUUAAAAGAGCACGGAACCGUUAAUUGAAGAUAUAAUCUAACGAAAGGAAGGGCCAUUUUUGUAUUAAGAGACAGAACAUGGAGAGAGGAGGAGAAGACAAAGAAAGACAAGGAUGAGGGAAGAGAAGAGAUCGAUGGAUGGGAAAAUUAGGAAAUUAAGGGCGUGUUUGUUAUUGAUUGGACUUUGGAGGGUGGGAGGGUAUAUUAAUGUGUAGACAGGGAGGACCAACUCAAGUGCCAUCAGUCACGCAGCUGUCAUUCGAUUAUACAAACCCCAAACAGCUCCUUAGCUUUCUUCCAUUACAGCAAAUCAGAGUUAGCAGCUGUCGGAUCUCUCUCUCUCUCUCUCUCUCUCUAACCAUCUCUUUAUUUUCCUUCCUCUUCUUGCAACACGCAAUUUUCUGGGCAACCAAACGGGCCUGGGAACUACAAGAUCACGGGAACCAUAGCGAAGUCGAGUGGAGAGAUUCAUGUCAAAGAGGUGAUGGAGAAUUAAGGACAAUUAGUUUGUCGUUUUGAUGAUUUAAAUGCGAUGGCUUAUCAGCACUACAGAUCACCGUUCGGUGACACGACGUACACCAAGGUUUUUGUCGGCGGCCUGGCCUGGGAAACUCCGACCGAUGUAAUGCGCCGAUACUUCGAGCAGUUCGGAGAAAUCCUUGAAGCCGUCAUCAUCACCGAUAAGACCACCGGAAAGUCCAAAGGAUACGGUUUCGUUACUUUCCGGGAGCCGGAGUCGGCGAGGAGGGCCUGCGCCGAUCCGAACCCAGUCAUCGAUGGACGACGAGCGAACUGUAAUAUUGCUUCGUUCGGACGGCCACGGCCAUCGCCGCCGAGAGCUGGAAGAAAUCAAACUGCUAAUCCAUAUCACGGCGGCGUAGUGCCACAGGGAGCACCAGCACGACCAUCCUACAGCGGCGUACCGGCGGCACCAUUGCCUCAACCGCCGCCGCCGCCGCCACCUCCGGUCAUUUAUCCCCCUUAUGGGUACACAACCUACCCACCUGAUUUUGGAUACCCCCAAGCUUUCUACAACCCGCAACUACAGCAACCGCAAUAUUACCAGCAGCUGUACGGAAUGCAGCCGCCGUCGUCGACGGCGGGAUCGCCGUAUUAUUAUGGAUAUUCGACGACGCCCCCGGCGAGGGGAACAUUUUCUGCGCUGCUGGGGCAGCGUGUCCAGGGCUCAUCUUAUCUUUACUAUCCUACGCCUUCGCAGAUGGAGGGGUCCUUCUCCACCUUUACACCGCCCCCGCCGCCCCCGCCGCAGCCUCUAACCUUACAACCGGCGGCGGCGGCGGCAAGGCAUCCUCUACCCUCACCUACCGAUUCACAGCCUCCACAUCGCACCACAGAAGCAGGGGCCGAGGACGCCGCCGCACCGGCGCCGGCGGCGACAGCAUCGGAGAACUGAAUUACCGAAGAGGAAGAUCUCCGGCGAUAACACAACAACCGAGGGAACAAAGACUGUAAAAUUGUCGAGAAAUCCGAGGUGUUGUCAUCUCUCUUACGAACUUUCCAUAAUAACACAACCAACCAACCAUUCAUGAAUUUUUUUUUGUCGGCGGCCCGUAGCUAUUGGUGAGAACUGCUUCGGAGCAACCUGUGAUCUCAACAGCUAUGGAAGACUGACGAUGGACGACUAAUCAAUCUCCCUCUGCAUUUUCUUUCUUUCC